CUGGACGCGCUUCCCGCGUGGAAAAGCUCCGUUCUUUCCAGUUGCCGCCUCAUCAGUGCGGUUCUCCUCACCGACACCGGCAUUUAAGCACCGGGAAGAAACCUAACCCUAGAUCUCUCGUCGACGGCGAUCCGAGCAUCCAAUUAGUGGAUCGAAGGUGCUGAACAAGCCACAACUUUUGAUUCCGGAAUUGUGGGAGAAGAGGAAGAUAGGGAAAAGAUACUUAUUUGAAGAGAGCAGGGAAAAAAAAAAAAGCUGCUCCAUUAACCAAAAUUAUGAACUUGAGAAGAGAUUAUAGAAACAGAGCUUCUCUUUUUGAUAGCAUUGAGGAGGGUGGCAUUCUAGCACCAUCUUAUUCCUCUCAUGAAAUUGAUGAGUAUGGCAACGACAGAGCUGUCGAUGGGCUACAAGAUAGAGUGAAUAUUUUAAAAAGAUUGACAGGGGAAAUACAUGAAGAAGUUGAGAUUCAUAAUCGUGCAUUGGACCGAAUGGGUCAUGACAUGGAUGCUUCAAGGGGAGUCCUUUCUGGAACGGUUGAUCGUUUCAAGAUGGUUUUUUUUGAGAGAAAGUCAAGUCGCAGAAUGGCUACCUUUGUGGCAUCUUUCCUGGUGCUCUUCCUACUCAUCUAUUACCUCACCAAGUAGAAAUCUUCAUGACAUCUGCAAUGACCACACCUUGACAGUACUCGAGCCGUCUGUUGCUUCUUCUAAAGUGGAUUAGUGUGACAGUAGCUCAUGCGUACAACAUCCUUUGUGAAAUGCAUGACAUCUGAACAUUAUGGUGCCGAGCUGUUCCUUCUCUUGUACUUCAUCUAAUCAUAUGAAAACUAGACGUAUAUUUAUUCUUCUA